GUAGGUACGAUUUAUAUCGAUGAAUCAUGAAUUUACCUAUUUAAAAAGUACACAAUUGAGAGUUGCAGAGUCACAAUAAUUUUGAAACUGAGUAUCGGAUUGUGUUUUAAAAUGUAUCGUUUUUAUUUUCUCAUAUUUGCGUUUGUAUUUUUUGUAUCAGUUCAAUGUGUGCCAGCUGCACAUUACAAUUUUUCAAAUUAUAAUUAUGGAAUGAUAAACAGUGAAACAAUUAGACUACAUAAAAAAACGAUACUCGAAGAUCAUUAUGAACAAAAGAAGGAAAUCAAAGUUGCGAUUCCAAGUUCUCAGAGAAGAUUCGCUAGAAGUGUUUUGAAAAAUGAAAACAGCAGAUGGCCCAGUCCAAUCAUUCCAUUCGAAAUUAGUCCAAAUAUGUCUUCGAAAGGAGUGAAAAUGAUCCAUAAAGCGAUGCGACAUUACCAAAAUCUUACUUGCUUGAUAUUUAAACCGAAAAGUGAUCUGGAUAAGGAUUAUAUUUAUUUCGACAAUCGUCCAGGUGCUUGUAUUUCAGAUUCUACUGGCAGAAAAGGCGGUCGUCAAGAUAUUAACCUGGAUGAAAAAUAUUGUUUGAAUACUUCGGAACUUGCAAUCCAUGAAAUUUUCCACGCCUUGGGAUUCAAUCACGAGCACACCAGACCAGACAGAGAUGAUUACAUUACUGUUCAUUGGGAAAACAUAAUGCCUGCGGCGAAUCAUUCAUUUAUGAAAGAAAAAUGGGAAGAUGUAGAUACUUUGGGCCUUCCUUACGAUUAUCGAAGCAUCGUUCAUAUUCAUGCGUUUGGUGGAUCGAUAAAUGGCAAUGCUACGUUAUCAGCCAAAAUACCAAAUCAAACUCUGGGAUCUACAGGACGACUCAGCGAAUUGGAUGUACGCAAGAUUAAUAUUCUGUUCAAGUGUAACGAUUCACUUUCGACUACCUCGACACUUCCGGGUACAAAUAAACCCAUUGAAAUUACUACAAGUACACCUCAAACUGAAAGCACCACAACAAUGAAACCUCGAACAGAAAGCACCACCACAGCAACAACAACAACAAUGAAACCUCAAACAGAAAGCACCACUACAAUGAAACCUCGAACAGAAAGCACCACCACCACCACAACAACAACAACAACAAUGAAACCUCAAACAGAAAGCCCCACCACCACAACGACAACAACAACAACAAUGAAACCUCAAACAGAAAGCCCCACCACCACAACGACAACAAUGAAACCUAAAACCGAAAGCACCACCACUACGACAACAACAACAAAGAAACCUCAAACAGAAAAGACCACCACCAUGACACCUACAACAAAGAAACCUCAAACUAAAAGAACCACCACCACGACGACAACAACAAAGAAACCUCAACCAAAAAGAACCACCACGACGACGACGACAACAAAGAAACCUCAACCAAAAAGAACCACCACCACGAUAACGACAACAACAAAGAAACCUCAGCCAAAAAGAACCACCACCACGACAACGACAACAACAAUGAAACCUCAGCCAAGAAGAACCACCACCACGACAACGACAACAACAAAGAAACCUCAACCAAAAAGAACCACCACCACGACGACAACAACAACAACAACAACAACAACAACAACAACAACAACAACAACAACAACAACGAAACCUCAAACAACAAGACCUCUAACCAAAAAACCUGUAAUAAUCACAAUGCAACCUCCAGCAAAACCUCAAACAAGAAGACCUCAAACCAAAAAACCUGUAAUAAUCACAAUGCGACCUCCAGCAAGAAGACCUCGAAGAAGAAGAACUACAACAAGAAGACCUCCAACCAGAAAACCUGUAACAACCACACCAAAGCCCAAAACCUGCAGAAAUGAUUGCUACUUUUUCUAUUUUUGUAUCGGAUAUGUGGUAUGUGCGGUGACUUCGGCAUGGGAUUGGGUUUGGGGAUUGUGGUGUUAACGGUAUGGUAAAAUUAGAUAUGUACAUGCACGAUCAAAAUACACGCAUUUAUUAAUAUGUACUAUUAAACCAUCCAUACCUGUUUGUAAAUUUUUCUGCAGAAAUUUAAUUUGUUUUAAAAUCGAUUUCUAUUAGACUUAUUCAAUACCUAAGUAAGAAUUGAAUUAAUUUAAUUUGAAGUUCGAAUAGAAAUUCACUGUAGAUUUAUGUGAAAAAAA